AUGGAUUCAUCACAUUUCACAGAUAAGGCAUUGGAAAUCAUUACCAAUGCCCAGCAAUUAUGCAAGCAAAAUUCAAAUCCGGAGAUGGUUCCUCUUCAUUUUCUUGCUGCUAUGACACCAUCUAACGUCAUCGGCGAGGAUAAGCAAGCGGAGAAUGUUUAUCUUAAGUCAAUUAUAGAGGGUGCCCGUUUUGAUUGGACACCAUUUGAGAGAACAGUUAACAGACACCUUGUGAGACUUCCUAGUGUUCAAGGAUCAAAUUCACAGCCAACAAUGUCUGCCUCGGCUGCUCAAAUUGUGGAAAAUGCUGAGAAAAACAUGAAAUUGCAGAAAGAUACAUAUAUUGGCCAGGAUCACAUACUUUUAGCCCUUUUAGACGAUUCAUCUGUCAAGGGUAUAUGUCAGGAGUGUGGAAUUAACCCAGAUGCAUUGAAACAGCAGGUCACAACCCUCCGCGGAGGAAACAGGAUAGAUUCAAGACAGGCAGAUUCGUCACAAGCAUCUGAAUUUUUGAAGAAGUACGCUAGAGAUUUGACGGAGUCUGCACGUGAGGGUAAAAUUGAUCCAGUGAUUGGCCGUGAAGAAGAAAUAAGACGUACAAUCAGGGUGUUGGCAAGGAGAACUAAAUCAAAUCCUUGCCUUAUCGGUGACCCUGGUGUUGGUAAAACAUCUAUCGUGGAAGGAGUGGCACAAAGAAUUGUUGAUAAUGAUGUUCCAAGAAUUCUUCAAAACUGCAAGCUUUACGCAUUGGAUCUUGGUGCAUUGAAGGCUGGUGCAAAAUAUCAGGGUGAGUUUGAAGAGCGUAUUAAAGGUGUCUUGAACGAUAUUGAAAAGUCGAAGAUCAUGAUCAUACUAUUUAUUGAUGAGAUUCAUAUGUUGAUGGGAGAUGGUAAGAGCGAUGCCGCAAACUUGUUAAAACCGGCAUUGGCAAGGGGCCGUUUCCACUGCAUUGGUGCAACCACCGUGAAUGAAUACAGAAAGUACAUUGAGAAGGAUGGUGCAUUUGAGCGUCGUUUCCAAAGAAUCGAUGUUCGUGAGCCAACACUUGAUGAAACUGUUGCAAUUCUUCGUGGCUUGCAGCCUAGGUAUGAAAUUCAUCAUGGUGUUCGUAUUUUGGACAGUGCAUUGGUUGCAGCAGCCAGAUUGGCUUCACGCUACUUAACAUACAGAAAGCUUCCUGACUCGGCUGUUGACUUAAUGGACGAGGCUGCAGCAGGUGUUGCCGUUGCUCGUGAUUCAAAGCCAGAGGAACUUGAUUCUAAGGAAAGACAACUCCAGUUAAUUGAUGUGGAGAUUAAGGCAUUGGAAAGGGAUAAGGAUGCCGAUUCAUCCACCAAGGAUAGAUUGGCAAAGGCCGAGAAGAAGAAACAGGACGUGUUGGCUCAGUUGGCUCCGAUUAAAGCCAAGUAUCAAAAGGAAAUGGCGGGUCAUGAAGAGCUUACAGCAGCCAAAAGAAAGUUAGAUCAAUUAGAAAUUAAGGAACAGGAUGCUGAGAGAAGACACGACUCUGCCCAGAUUGCUGAUUUGAAGAUGUUCGCCAUUCCAGACGUUAAAAAGAGAAUCCAGAAGUUGGAGGACGAAGCCGUUAAGGAGGAAGAGUCAAAAGCUUAUAUGGUGAGAAAUGUUGUUGGUCCUGACCAGAUUGCUGACACCGCAGCCAGAUUGACUGGUAUUCCAGUUUCGAAGUUAUCUCAAACUGAAAACGAGAAAUUGAUUAACAUGGAGAAGGAAUUGUCAUCUGUUGUUGUUGGCCAAGGUACAGCUGUUAAAGCGGUUUCUAAUGCAAUCAGAUUAUCACGUUCAGGCCUUGCCAAUCCUCACCAACCAGCAUCGUUCAUGUUCUUGGGUCUUUCUGGUUCUGGUAAGACCGAGUUGGCGAAGAGGUUGGCUUCUUUCUUAUUUAAUGACGAAAAGGCUAUGGUUCGUAUUGACUGUUCUGAAUUGAUGGAGAAGUAUUCAGUCUCAAAGUUGCUUGGCUCUACCGCUGGAUAUGUUGGUUAUGAAGAGGGUGGUAUGCUAACGAACCAGUUGCUCAGGAAACCUUACUCUGUGGUUCUAUUCGAUGAGGUGGAGAAGGCAGCUCCAGAGGUGUUAAACAUUCUUUUGCAAAUGCUAGAUGAUGGUAGAAUUACUGCAGCCAAUGGAACCUUGGUGAACUGCGCUAACUGCAUUGUUAUCAUGACUUCUAACUUAGGCGCAGAGUACAUUGCUGCAUCUAACAGCACAAAGAUUAUGCCGGAUGUUCGUAACCAAGUCAUGAACGUUGUUCGUGGCCACUUCAGACCAGAAUUCCUUAACAGAAUUUCGGCAGUGGUUAUCUUCAACAGAUUGUCGAAACAUGCAAUUUCCAAGAUUGUCGGUUUGAGACUUUCUGAAAUCGAAAAGAGAUUCAAGUCUAGUGGAAAGGAGAUUAAGCUUGACCUAGAUCAGUCGGCCUUGGGUUACUUGUGCAACAAUGGCUACUCGGUGAAUCUUGGUGCUAGGCCUUUGAACAGAUUGAUUCAGAAUACCAUCUUGAAUCCUUUGGCAAUCAUGAUUUUGAAUGGUCAGGUUAAGGAUAAAGAGACCGUGAAAAUCACAACUAAGAACGAUGAACUUAUCGUGGUUCCAAAUCACAAGAGUGCAGAUGGAACUGAUGUGAAGUCAGUUGAAGAUUGGACUGAUGAUGCUGAGAUCGACGACUUUGCCGAUCCUGAUGGUGAUGUCAAUGUUGAUCUUGACUAA